AUGGACGAGAGCAUGGCACCCAUUCGCAUUGACGUAUGUCUCGUAAGCAGUCGCAGCAUUUGUUUGACGGCUUUGCCUGAGUCACGUGUCAAGGAGCUGAAGGUGUUUGCUCAGCGUGCUUUCAGAGCUGGGGUAUUGAGACUCUUCUCAGCCAGUGGGGCGCUUCUGGAUCCCAGCAGCACAGUUCAAGAUGUUGGUCUUCAGGAUGGAGAUGUCAUCACAGCCGUUGCAGAAUCCGUCCAGCUGGCUGCAAACCCCUGGGGUGCCACCAUGACUGCCUUUUCUACGAGUGGACCUGUUGUAGCUUGGGGGGACGAGAGUAGUGGAGUGCCUAACAAUCUUAAAGGUGUCCAGCAAUUCAAACCACGGCGAAUGCAUUUGCUGCCAUUCUCCAAGAUGGCUCCGUUGUUUCAUGGGGCCGCCGAGGAGGAAAUAGUGAUGAAGUGGCGCACAAGCUAA